ACACUGCGGUCACACUGGUUCGGACGUGGGUGGCGCAUCAUCGGUGGUAUUCUGUUGCUAAUUAAUCAAGUGCAAAACUACAUUUUUCGCCAGUAAAUCCGAGGAAAGCUAAGUUUGCAAGAAAACAAACGAAAGCAAAGGCAGUUGAUAAUAUUACUGGCGCGUUUGCUCCGUAUUUCGUGCGGAAAGUGUAAAUGGCGUGUUUUAAAUAUUAUUUCGGAUGUGUCUCCGCUAUAUAAUCAGCUGUUUGCAACGUUAGCGUUGACGCCCACAUUUGAGCCCACUGUGUGCAGAAUUCAACUAAAAGGUUUGUAAAUAACCGGCCCCAAACACAAUUUACUGCUCAGAGACAAAGUCGACAAUGAAAGCAAUUGCUAAGGAACCAGCCCAAAAAAAAAGGAAAAACUAAAAAUUCUAGAAAGUGUAUCACAUCUAUAACUACUAAAGGUACCGUGAUUCUAUAACCGUCAAUCAACUGAUUCAAAGGCUAAGUUGAGGCGGUUUGGCACAACCGCUGAGAGCUCUACAUUCAUUUUGUGGUAGGAGGGCGAAAGAACUUACGUUGUUGGACGGAAAUUAAUGACACUUCUUGGGCCUAGCGCCCCAGGCAUGGCCUUUAUGAUGAAAAAGAAGAAGUACAAGUUCAACGUUGAAGUGCAGCUGCAGGAUUUGGUAGAGGUGGCCCUGGUCAAUGAGGUGCUGUUCGCAAAGAUACGGUUGCUCGAUGGAGGUUCCUUUCAGGAGUACAGUAGUCGCGAGGAAGUGCGCAACCAUCGAGUAGAAUGGAACCGCAGCUUUGAGUUUCCUUGCAAGAUGAGCGCGAAUGCUUCAACCGGCGUUUUAGAUCCUUGCCAUCUGCGUAUAUCAAUACGCAAAGAAAUGAAGGGCGGACGAAGUUACUAUAAGCUUGGUUUUAUCGACCUCAAUCUGGCCGAAUUCGCCGGCGCCGGCCUCACCUCCCGUCGGUUUCUCCUGGAGGGCUAUGACUCAAGACACCGCCUAGACAACUCGAUGUUGCGUGUGAGCAUUAAGAUGCAUAUGCUUAGCGGUGACAUUCUGUUCAAAGCACCCACGCCAAAUCUAAAAAGCAAGCAGAGCAAGCCUUCAAUAGAUGAUUUUUCAAAUGCAGCCACUGGAGUCGGCCUGCAAAUUCCAACGGCUACCGCAUUGCCCAGUAUAGGUGGCGGAAGCGGUGGCGCAUCCGUUUCCUUGGGCGGUAGUGGAGUCACUUUGGGCGGCAUCCCCGGUAAUCAGUCGUUACCCGGAACCCGACCCGUUUCCACCACAAAGGAGGAGGAUAUCGAUAACCAGGCUUUGAUAGCAGCUAUUGUGACAGACUCCGGCUUGUCGGAGUCCUCGGAAUCGGGGGUAACGUUGACUACGGAUAAUCUCCAGCAGCAUGGCUCAGUCGUCGUAGCUAAUCCUAUUAGUCCUGUGACGCAGGCGCUACCGCAACUGGGAAUCAUUGGCAGCAACAAUUACGGAACAACAGGAGGGGCUAUCGGAUUUACUGGCGCCGGCAACGCCACCCUCAUAGAAAUGGGUCAUUCAAGAAAUUCCAGUAAUACUAGUCAAAUGUCAAAAGGUUCGGGUUACAGUAGUUUUUCGCACAGUCAACAUUCAAGGCAAAGUUCUGAGGGUGAUUCGGGACAUGCUAGCCGACAGAACGGUCAAAAGGGAGAUGAGCAUCAACAAUGUAACAGCUUGCGAGUGGUAGUAGCCAAAAGCCACCAUGUUCAUACUCAUCUCAGUCUCAGCACCACUGUUGAAUACGCCAGCGAUGAACAGCUCUACCAGACUCCAAACGCCACCAUGACCAAUUCUCAAAAGUUGGCCUUUGAGGACUUCCGUACUCCGAUGGCAGAACUUGCAGCUCCUCUCUUUCAACCGAUGGGAGCUGGGUGUAGUGGUACUCCCAGCUCUACAUAUCGCAGUGCCGGAUCUCCAUCCCACAACACGCAAUAUUAUGACAGCGGAGAGGCGAGCGACACUGACGAGUGUCUUAACGACGAAUCGGGCGAUAAUGAUUCUGGCCUAGAGGAAAACUUUCAUACUCCCCGUGUAGCUAAGAUUAAGUCGAUGGAGAAUCUCUCUAUUCUGGAGAUGGAGUUUCACAAGGCUUCUAUGGAAUUGGACCGCAAUUCACCGCGCCGUCUAAAGCAACUGGCUGAGCAUGCGCAGAUCCCAAAGAUGAAGUCGCUAAACAACCUCUGUUUUGACCAUUAUGCAGAGCAGUCUGUGCGCGAAGAGUUUCAGCGCAUGCACGAACAGUCGCUUGAGGAGCGAAUGCGUUUUCAACAGCACCAUCAAUUGCGGAAGAACUCCAACGCAUCAAACGGGUCGGCGACGAAGAUUUACGUUAAGCAUUUGAGUCAUCAGAAUCAUUAUCACAUAAAAGUCGGUAACGCCAAGUUCAUCGGGCAGGACGGCAAUGACAGUCCACAAUCAAUGCACUAUCCCAUUCAGAAGAUGCGAUCAAUGGGUACCAUACAGGACAUUGUAAGCGACCGCAUUGAGCCUGACCCGUUCCUCACUCCAACCACCGAGCGAAAGCCUAAUUUCUCGCGACUCGUCCAGUCCGCAGAGAAGCCGGUGCUGGGCAGCAGCUAUGUCAAUCGUCUACUUACCUACGAUGCCGUGGACUCGCCGUCGGAGCCGUUUAACAGCUCAGUGUCCUUUAUGUCGCGUACCCCCUUUCAGAGAGCUUAUCGGCGUAACAUACAACAAGGCAGCUCUUCGACGCCUUUGGCUACUCAGGAUUUCUUCGCCGUGCGACCACAUUCCACAAAUGCUGCCUAUGAGCUAAUGAGAAACUUCAGUGGAGUUCCUCGACGACUCUUUGAUGGCAAUAUCACUACUGCAGGCCAGAACAGCAACAUGGGUGCUGUCAGCACCAAUAGACAGCAGCAACCCUGUGCUCCAGGAACUAACAGUUUUAUUGGAUCCAAUUCAUCACCUUCUGGAACUUUGGCCAGUAUACACUCAAGCCAUUCUGCCUCUUCUUCAAAUGGCAGCAACAGCAGCAGCAGUGGAGCCGUCAUUACCUUCCAGUGUACCGCAGGCAGUGGACAGGAUACAGUAGACUCGGCAAACCAUCAACAGCAAAUGACAGUGGGAUCGCCCAACGGUCAUGGAAGUAACCCCCGGUUGGGCAAUGUCAUGUCAGGCGAUGUCAUUAGCUCAAUGGCCGCCAGUCCCACAGACGCUUGUAGCAUCCGUUCUAAUCCGUCGGCUGCCUCACUUCUUCUUUCCACGUCGGCAGCUGCAGCAGAGGCUUCUGCAUUGGCCUCGGCAACUACUAUGUCCGUUUCGGGAGCAACACUAUCACCUCUAGCCACCACCCAAAUCAUUCGCCGCCCUAGCAUCACAAUGAUGAAUCCCAGCUCCGGUUCGUUAGUUAUUAGUGAGACGGGAUCUCUAGAUCGGACGAAAAGCAGCGGUGAGAAGCGCAAAAAGGGCGCGCUCGAUGACGGGCCACGUGUUUCCGACCGAGUGGAGGAGACACGGGUCAAUCCAGACUCAUUAAUUGAUGAGAUUUUAAAGGACACUAAACUUGAUCAGCUGGAGGAAUCCGCAGAAACCUCAGGCCUUCAACUGUACAUCGCUCGCGAUGGAACCGCCUCCCUGGGCGGACAUGAGGUUAAAUCAAGCGUACGAGCGGGCGCCCUAAAGCAGGUGGUAAUGCAGGAUAGAAGAUAGUAGUAUCCGAGACUCACAACUCCUUUUUAAAAUUAAUUAGAAGACUUAUUGAUCAAUUAAAAUGGAGUAUUGAACUAAAAGAAAUAGUUUAGGUAAUACAAACAUGUUUACUCUCAAACAAAAGUGAGAAUGCAAAUACGCUAUAUAAGAGUAUAUAAAAUGUUUGUCGGAACUACACUGCUAUGAAUGUAAUUAGCUAACUACACAUAUAUAUGUUUAUAGACAAAUACGCAUGUAUAUUAUAGAUUUGUUAACAGGCAUAACUUGUCUAGUUGUAUUUGCAAGUGUUGUGAAUCAGGUAAACAACCGUUAACAAUUAGGAAAACCAAAAAUGAAAUUCAUAAAGCUGCACAUUAUAUAUGCAUUAUAAAUUAAUCGCAAUGGAUUACGAUAAUUAAGAAAAGUUUUAAAUUUUAUUUUCGAAUAUAUAAUUCUAUGUUUUGCUUCCAUCAAUAUGUCCAGCCUUAAGGCAUUUAUAAAUAUAUUAAAAAGGUAAUAGAAUAAAUAACGCAAAUGUCAUGCUAAACAAAAAGCUUCAAAAUUAAAACACCGAAUUGUAAUAGUCAUCGAAAUAUAGCGCAAUCAAAAACUAAGUAAGCCUAAUUAUUUUUACCAAUUCAGCCCAUUAUAUGCAUUUUUCUUUUGAACAUAUACACAAUCAUUAAUCAAUAUUUGCAAAUAACAUUACUCUUUUAAAGUCAACAUUGUUGUAGAUGUCUGGUAUUUUAGUUGUCUUAAAUAUUUUUUAAAGCUUCCGGAAGUUUUAAUGUAAAAAUGUUUUUUAUAAACAAUAUUUUUAAAUCGAUAGAAAAAGCUGUUAGAUGGGAACACAAAAAAUAAAAUUAGUUAUCACCUUUAUGUUUAUGUUAAAAAAUUUGGUGUAAAAUUAUGUAGUUAUUUUUUAACAAUUUGUAAGGGGAGAACUGGAAUAGCUCCAUAUAAGUUUAUUUAAAUUGUAUCCGCAACAAAACAGAAAAAUAAAAAUGGACAUACAUGACAUACAUGAUUGAUAACUGUCAAAUGUUUAGAGUUGGGCAAACGUUGUUGGUUAUUUAAACAAACAUGCUAGUGUAGGCAAUCAAUUUCAAAUUUUUAAAUAUGUGAAACUCUUUCAAAACCCUUACAACUAAAAAAUUCUGAACAUUUUCAAAUUUUUUAAGAAACAUUAAAUGAAUUUGCCAACAAAAAUUGCCGAACUCAACUGGAGAAGUUUUGUUCACUAAAAAACAAAACCAGUAUAAAAUUGAAAAAUUACUAAUUAACAUUAAUAUAGAUU